AUGCAUUUCCUCACCUUUUUGACUAUGCUCGCUGCGCCGGCAAUUGUAAUGGCGACUGUUGACCCAUGUUCGUCAAACACCAAGGGCUACAAGCCGAGCAGCCUCAACUGUGACGCUGCCAAAGUCUCUACUGCCAUCCAAGCCGCUGAAUGUUCCCACAACACUCGUGUUUCGGGGACGCAGACUUUCGCUGUCUUCGAAACCGAUCACCAAUACGAUGAAAACAAUGGUGCCCCAUACGGCACAUGCAGUGCUUACACCUGCGAUGCGCCAACUAGCGAUGAUCUCGAGGAAGACUCGGACUAUUGGGUCUUUUACUGGAGUGAUGAUGGAGAAGAUAGUGGAGUUGGUACUACCUGUAUCAAGGAUCCUCAGACCGGAGAAUGUGGCUGUGAGAACUCCGAUGGCACUUUCAUUGCUGGAAGUGACAGCUGUACUUAG